UAAAUAGUAAAAAAACAUCAAGAAUAAUUUGUUUAUAAAUUUUGCUUCAGACGCGGUCAAAAUAAUUAGGUUUUUUUGUUUUUGCUGGAUACACAAAUCUAUAAUCUAGUGUAGGUUUAAAGAUGGAUAUAUUUAUAAUUCGUUACCCUUCAUACAAAUAUUUGAAAAAUUUUUGUUAGAAUAAACUGCCAAGGGUAUCAAGGUGACAAAACAAUACCUCGAACUCCAAAUAUAAGUAUCACUAUGAAAUUAACUGAAUCAGACUAUAGAUUCCAGUGUGAUUUUAUUUAACUUCAAAUUAUAUAUACCAUAUAUUUAUACUCGAUCAGGGUAUAUUAAGUUUUCCACGAAGUUUGUAACAGUCGAUUUAGCCAUGCCCGUCUGUCGGUACAUACACGAUGAUUUGAGAUAUCGAUCUGCAAUUUUGCACACGUCCUUUUCUACUUAGAAAUCUGCUAAUUUGCCGGAAGGACUGGACCAUUAUUAUACAGACUGACCGAUUAAAAUUAAGUACUUAGUAAGUCUUCUAGCUUCGGUGCAACCGAAGUUAACGUUUUAUUUUGUAAUUUUACUACCGAUUACUCCAACCCUCUAACCCUCGUGGUUUUGAACAACAUUAGAAUCUACUCGUUAUUUGAAGUAAUCAGCUGUUAAGUGAGAACAGUUAGUUGACAGUUCUGCUGUCAAUGGUGCAGUUGCCGGGUAUUUCUAUAGGAUUGUUCUAAAAAUGUUACGUCUCCGCAAUACAUUACACCGAAUUGUGCAACAAAACUCCAGCAAAAAGUUCGAAUAUGUGAAUGAGAAAUGUAUACGCGAAACCAGCACUAGCGCUAGACAUUGUAGUCAAUCCUCGACAAAAGCCACUGCUAACAAUUCGUUUGCCAGUGAAGAUGCUGUUGAUCAGCAACGACACACUGGGACAGGUGUUAAGAUGGCACCAGAUGUAGGAAAAUUGCGCGCACGUUUGCCCUUAGUGAAGAAUUUUUUCGUUGGCGUGGUUGAUAAUGAAAUGCUUGGCUAUCCAGAGGUCGUGCAACGUGAGGAAAUGUCGCGAAUUGAAAAUGAAAAAUUACCCCUUACAAAUUUCUUCACCGAUCAAGUGCAUAAUGCUAUUAUAGAUCGCACUCGUCAAAUACCGGUUGAAGUUGUAGAUACAGUGCGACAGUUGGGUUUAUAUGGUCUAAAUGUGCCGGCAGCUUUUGAAGGCAAAGGUCUGGGUUGGACCGCCAGUUUGAUGCUCACAGAGCCAGAAUCAAACUGUGCUAAUGUAGCUCUUGGCCUGUUAUCACAUCGCAUAAUAAUCGAUCUGCUAAAGGAAGUGGGCAGCACCGAGCAACAGCAGCGAUUUUUACCAAAAUUAGUAAACGGUUCACAAGUUGGUGUGGAAGCAAUAUUCGAGUAUGACAUGGCAGAACAUGAACAUUUUAAUACCACCGCUGAAUAUAUAGCGGAAACUAACGAAUGGUUUUUGUCUGGUCAAAAGGCGUUUGCAGUAGUUGGUCCAUUUGCUACAACCAAUGCGACACCACUCUUCUUGGUGAUCGCUCAAACGCGUCGUCCGAAUGUUAAAGGAGAUGCUGGCCGUAGUACCACAAUUUUCUUAGUGGACAGUAACACAACAGGUGUUAAAUUAGGAGAACAACAUUUGACAAUCGGUUGCAGGGGCUUAGAAAUACGACGUGUGGAAUUCGACCAAGUGCGUCUACCGGCCAGUUGCAUCAUCGGGGCAGCGAACGAAGGCAAUGAAGUAGCAGAGGUAUUGCUGCGCAGUAACCGACUGCGAAUUGCCAUGUUGGGACUAGGCAUGGCCAAGCAGUUGAUUAACAACUUGACUUCAUACUGCAUCGACAAUCAACAGUGCAAUGUGCCGCUAAAGGAUAUGGAAAUUUUGCAGAUGCAUUUGUCAAAGGCGUCUUGUGCCACAUAUGCUAUUGAAAGUUUGAUUUUUAUGACGGCUGGCAUACUAGAUGAAUUUGCGUCACCAGAUGUGGCAUUGGAAGUCGCAAUUACCAAAUAUUACAGCGUUACGCAAUUGUUUAAAAUUGCGGGUAAAAGUAUGGACAUUAUUGGUCCCAAAUCUUUACUUUCCGGCCAAGAAACUGAGGUGAUUUUCCGCGAUUCUGCUCAACUGUACACACAAGGUGAAUCGAUGGACACGCUGCGCUUGUACAUCGCACUGGCCGGCUUACAACAUGCAGGCGGUAUACUGCAAGACACAAUACGCAUGCAGCGCAAUCCACUCUUCCACCCUGGUCACAUAUUGGGUAAAUUUCUGCAAAGUUCGAACAUUGAAAAUCCAAAAACUAAAAUGCGUUUAAAUGAAAAUGUGCACCCCUCUUUGGAACCGGCCGCACAAAGCGUUGAACAAUCGGUGGCCCGCCUGCAGAUGUGCGUUGAGUUGCUGCUAACACGCUAUGGUACUGCUGUGGUGGAGAAGCAUCACGAUAUGCAGCGUUUGGCCGAAAUUGCCACAACAAUCUAUGCAAUGUUUGCCAGUUUAGCGCGUGCCUCACGCUCCUAUUGCAUAGGCUUGCAGUUGGCCGACCAUGAGUUGGUCUUGGCGUCGGCCGUGUGCACGCAUGGUCGUGAUAAAGUGUACAAACUAUGCACAGAAAUCUUCAAUGGACAGUAUGUAAAUAACGAUAGCAAUUUGCAGCGGUUAGCUAAGCAAGUCAUUAAGAGUAAAGGCUAUUUCCCAGUACAUCCGCUUACUUUUAAUUUCUAAAUAAUAAGUAUUUAUAUACAUAUGCAGUUCAUGCGGCAGUUUGAAGAUCACGUGACUGUUUUAUGUGCAUGUUAACUGUAAAAUGUAGUUGGAAAUAUUUUGUUGAAGAUUUGAAUUAAAAGCGGACGUAAAAUAAACUAAAAGUGUUUCAUAAAUGCUUGAGAAAUAGA